ACUGUUUCCUGUUUGUGACCCCAAUUUUUGUCUCAUCACCUACCACUGAUAACUCCACACCCACCACUUCUCCUUAAUCUCUCUCUCUCCCUUCACACCCACACACAAAUUUCAGAUAUUCUCACUUCCCCAUUAAUUUGUUAAUCAUUUUUAGCCCCAAAUUUUAAUCUUUUUUGAGUUUUUCCAUGUCCCUGUUCUUCCCAACUCAAAAAUACCACCUUUCUUUUCGCCAUUUCUGGGAUUUUAGGGUUCUUACUGUCGACAAUUUUGCCCUACUUGUGUGGUGGGAGAAAGCUCCAUUUCAGCUUAGAUUCAAUAGUUUCUUACAUUUUUAUGUAAAACCCAGAAAAUAUACCCAGUAGUUUAACUAUUUAACCCUCUUGUUAGUGAUUUUUCUGGGAGUUCACUCGAGUUUAUUGAAUUUGGAUGGUUGCCCAUUUCAUGGGCUUUUGCAGAAUUUCUUGUUGGAGAUCCAAGUUGGGUUUUUUGGUGGUGUGAUUAAUUGGGUUCUGGGAUCUUAAUUUCACAUUUCAAUUUCAGGUAUUCUGGCUUCUGGGAAAUGGCUGACCUUAAUACUCAGUUAACCAAGAAAGUUAUCUUUGGCUUAAAGGUUUGGGAACUAAUUGGGAUUUUUGUUGGACUGUUCAUCCUUGUCAUACUUGCCUUGGUAAUUCGAUGCCUUACGGCAUGGUGUAAGAAACCUAGGAGAGCUAAAGGAAAUAUACCCGUCACUCAAAUCCCCUCAGUUUCCAAAGAAAUUAAAGAAAUUCGUGUGGAGCACAUAUCCACGAAUGGGUAUGCUCCUAAAGAAGGGAACUUUAUGACGCUUAAGGACAAAUUUAGCGAUAGGGAUUCCGAUAAGGCAGUUGUCCAUGGAGAUUCUGGGAAAAUGAGAAAUGGAGAUGCUAGCAGCCAGUCGGGUUCAUUUCAUCGUUUGGAAGCGGGUGGUUCCGUAUCAGGGGAAGAAGGAGGUUCUGGGACAUAUCUUAUGUAUAAACCGUCAUCUUCUCAUCCAAUUACAGCUCCUUCUCCACUUUGUGGUCUACCUGAAUUUUCACAUUUGGGUUGGGGCCACUGGUUCACGUUAAGAGAUCUCGAGGUUGCAACAAAUAGAUUUUCAAAGGAAAAUGUCAUUGGCGAAGGUGGAUAUGGAAUAGUGUACAAAGGAAGCUUGGUCAAUGGUACCCCUGUAGCUAUAAAGAGGAUUCUUAAUAACGUAGGUCAAGCUGAGAAGGAAUUUAGAGUUGAAGUGGAAGCCAUUGGUCAUGUUCGUCAUAAGAAUUUGGUCAGACUGUUGGGUUAUUGUGUUGAAGGAACUCACAGGAUGUUGGUGUAUGAGUAUGUUAAUAAUGGCAACUUAGAGCAAUGGCUUCAUGGUGCCAUGCGUCAACAUGGAUAUCUUACUUGGGAAGCUCGGAUGAAAGUUUUGCUUGGCACAGCGAAAGCUCUUGCCUACUUACAUGAGGCAAUUGAGCCAAAGGUUGUACAUCGAGAUAUCAAGUCGAGCAAUAUUUUGAUUGAUUUAGAUUUCAAUGCAAAAGUCUCUGAUUUUGGCCUUGCUAAACUUCUUGGUGCUGGGAAGAGUCAUGUAACAACUCGAGUCAUGGGAACCUUUGGAUAUGUGGCACCUGAGUAUGCAAACACUGGCCUUUUGAACGAGAAGAGUGAUGUCUACAGUUUUGGGGUCUUGCUGCUGGAGUCAAUUACUGGAAGGGAUCCUGUGGACUAUGGGCGUCCACCACAAGAGGUGAAUUUGGUUGAUUGGCUUAAAAUGAUGGUGGGAAGUCGGCGGUCUGAGGAAGUUGUGGACCCAACUAUUGAAGCAAAGCCGUCAACAAGGGCCCUAAAGCGGUCUCUCCUGACUGCGUUGAGGUGUGUUGAUCCAGACUCAGACAAGAGACCCAAGAUGGGCCAGGUUGUUCGUAUGCUUGAAUCAGAGGAGUACCCCAUACCUAGAGAGGAUCGCAGGCAGCGAAGGGCUCGAGCAAAUAGCGCAGAGAUAGAAUCCUCACAGAGGGAUUUAUCGGACACAGACAAAAGUGACAAUCCAGACUCAAAAGAUGGUAAAAGGCUUCCACGAGCUUCAGGAUGAUGAUCUUCUUGCACGCUAUUCAUGUAAGAUGAUCAUGACAACCCGAUUCCACUCAGAUGUUAGUUCGUCUGUUUUUUUUUUUGGUCUGCAUCAUUUUUCCCCGAUUCUUGAUUUUAUUUUUCUUUCUUUUUUAGCAUUAGGUAGACAUACCGUUAGUAUCAUUUUGUGUAUUAAAGUAGUACGGGGAGAAGUUAUGAACUUUAAUUUUUCUUUUUCUUUUUCUUUUUUCGGGUAGGGGAUUGUUGGGGGAGGGGGGUUUUUGUACAGUAGUACAGUCAUUCUAAGCAAUUCAAAUUUGUUUCAUGUACUUAAUUGUACCAAUGUACUGUGCUUGUGCAUUUUUCCAUGGAGAUGUGAUAUAUAAAUAUGAUGAGAUAACCAAUGAGUUCAUCCCCACCAAGGGGGAUAUA